UGGCAAUGACGCGUGCAGUGAGACGGACCUGUUCAUCUAAAGGUGUCUGUGUUUCAGCAUUUGAGACGGAGUUAAGACACCCGAGGGCUACCACACACACUCCGGACACAUGUCCCGGCUCGUGGCGAGGUAAAGAUUGAUGGAUGCAGAUCUAAAGAGCUGUCGGAGGAAGUGGAUGCGAUGUUUCCUGAAGGCAACGUCUGGUCCACCUUCAUAUUCCUUUUCCUCCUGACCAUCGGAGUGCCCGCAGAGAAAAUCUGCUCUGUGCACUCAAACCAAGAAGUCCUCAUGGGCUCGAGCUUCACGAUCUACUGCAUCUUCAAAAAGGAAUGCAACAAACUUGUAUACCAAGAUGAAAUGGUCGUAAGUGGCAGCAGCUGGAACUCAACCGUAGCGAUCAUGAACAUCGUGAAUCUAACGCGGACCACCACCUUCACGUGCAAGUGUGUCAACGAACCAGAACCCUGUGGCACCGACAUCGUUCCGGGGUAUCCACCUGCAGUUCCACAGAACCUCACAUGCAUUCAGGAAGGAGAAUAUGGCAACGUAAACUGCACAUGGAAAACAGGAAGGGAAACGCACAUCAAGACCACAUCACACCUGUGGGUACAAGGGGAACCGUCUGUAAGAUAUAAAAGUGUUCCAGUCCACGACGGGACCCAUUCGGCUGUGUUUCCUGUCUCGGGCUCAGAGCGCAAGUUCUCGGUGUGGGUUCAGGCUAGAAACAGUCUCAACUCUGCGAACUCCACCGUGCUCAGCUUCACGCUUAAUGAAAUAGUUAAACCGCUGAUCCCCAAAAUCACAGAGGUGAAAUGUUCCUCAAGACAAUGCUGGCUCUAUCCGAACAACACGCAAAACGUUCAGCUGGUAGAGAUCCGAUACAGAGAAAACCAGGACAGCUGGAGCACCGUCUCACUCAAUAACUCGAAUUCGCAGACGAGCUGGACCAUACCAUCGCUGAACCCGUACAGCACCUACACAUUCGAGGUCAGAUGGAAAUUCGGCGCAGCGAGAGGCCUGUGGAGCGAGUGGACCCGCGUCAAGAACAAGACCGAUGAAGAAGCUCCUGUAGCGAUGCUUGAUGCAUGGUAUAUUGAAGAACCCACCCAAAAAGUCACCAAGUCCUACCAGAUAUUUUGGAGGGAGCUGAAGAAAUCAGAAGCCAGAGGAAAGAUCCUGCAGUACAACGUGACCGUGAUGGGUAAGGAAACCAGGAACACGAGCACUAUCAAAAAUACCACCACCGUGUCCUGCUUUCCCUGCAACGUGUCCAUUUCUGCCAUGAACUCAAAAGGCCAGUCUCCUGCCCGACUCAUUCAGCUGCAGCCUAUAGAAAUUCUCCAAUCAUACCACGUGUCACACACCGUCGUGAGUAAUCACAGUGUCGCCCUCUCCUGGCCGAGCCGUGACGGUGCGGACCCGGUGACGGAGGUCUUGGUGGAGUGGUUUGCUGUGAGUUGGAAACCCGUACUUCAGUGGAUCCGAGUGGGAAGGGACCGGAACACAGCACUCAUUACUGGUUUGCAGCCCUCACAGUGCUAUGAAGGUGCCGUGGUCUAUCUGCACUCAUCCCGAACAAAAAAAGUCACCUUCUCGGGAAUCUCUACUUGGCAGACAGCUCCACUACAGAGUCCCAAGUCUAACAUUGCUGUAAAAAGUGACAGCGUGGAAGUCAAAUGGAAGGAAAUCCCUCUGAAGAAGCGAGGAGGCUGUCUGAAACACUACACCAUUAACCUGAAGAAUUCAGAGGAUAAAAUUCAGACUUACAAUGUCUCACACACUAUGAGAGAGUUUACCAUCAGCGGCCUGAUACUGGGACAGAAGUACAGACUGUGGGUCUCAGCCUGGACUACGGCAGGAGAAAGUCCGAUAGAAAAUGAGCAUUUUUUCAAACCAGUCCAGACAAUAGAUGAGAGACCCGUGGUUCUACUCAGCGCGGUCGGGGGUGUCGUUUUCUUCACCUGCCUGUGUCUCCUGUGCUUGUGUCAGUUCUCCUUGGUACAUAGAAGGUUAUCAGGAUGCUGUCACUGCCUCAUGCCGAGCAUCGUCCCCGAUCCUGCGAACAGCAAAUGGGCGAAAGAAUGUACAAGUGAGAAGGGCGAGAUGAAACUGCAGCUGCACCUCAGCGACUGGAGCAUGAGCGAAAAGGAGCCGGAUACGGUCGAGGUGGAGGAAUUUCCCCAUUGUCCCGAAGACGAGACGGUCUCCCCCGAGGAGACACUACUCCCAGUCCAGUCCGAAUCGGCGCCGUAUCAACACAACAUCCCCAGCUCUUACCUCAAAAGCUUCUCCAACGAGUCAAGCAGCUCAGACGCCACCCAGGCCUCCAGGAGCACAGGCAUUACCGUGGACUACAUUUCCACUCACGGAGCGAUCAGCGGAGGAGAAGAGGAGGACAACGAGGACGAGGAGGAGGAGGAGGAGGAAGACGGCGAUGAGGAGGAUAAAUUCGGCUUCAAGUUCUUCCCCUGUCCGAAGAGCCCCUUCUUAGAUCCGCUUAUAUCCAUCGGAGGAAAACUGACUCUGGACUCGGUGAAAAUCGACUGCAGUGAUUUCUUAGAUUGCGCAUGAACUCCUGUGUUAAUGAAGGUUGUGAAACCAUCCGGAAAUUUGCCAUCUUUAUCAUUUUUCUUUUGACGCAAACUGACCCUAAAUGAUUAACACUAACACCUGAUCCGUACGUUCAUGUUAACUAUGAAGCAUCACUCAAGCAAUUCCCUACAUUAUUCUUUUCCGAGCUUUAAUGUAUUUCUUUUUUUUUUUUUUUUGUUUAUGACUUACCUCAGUUUAAUAUUGUGCAGGUGUAAAUACUUUUGUACAUAAUAGUUUGUCUUUGUGACUAAAAGCCUUAAGGACGUUUGUAUCCGACGGACAUGCUGAUUGUAAACUUCUGUUAUUGUAAUUAAAAUACAACACAUUA